AUGAAGACAGGACGACCGCGGGACGACAUCAGGAAACACUACCCUAUCGAGCGUGAGAAUGGGAAGAAACACGGGCGGUGUAACUAUUGCGGCGUUCUGAAGAAGAACGGUAAGCCGAGUGGCAACUUGUCGGACCACCUGGUGAAGGCCAAAAAGUGUUUUAAUGUCCCGAGAGAUGUGCAGAUCUCUCUACGACCAACACCACCUUCUGUACCAGCGGUGACGCCGUCACAACCGACUGCAGAGUCGGCGAAAAGGGAGAUUGAUCAAGACACGUUCGAAAUGGCACUUGCACGGGUGUUUUUUGUGUGUGCUAUACCAUUUAUGCUACUUAAGGCUCUGGUAUUUCGCGACUUUAUUGCUUUGGUAGCACCGUCAGUGAAGCUACCUUCGCGUCACAAGUUGAGUAUGGUGCUGUUGAAACAAGUACGAGAUGAAAUUCGCUCGAAAGUUAUUGACCUGAUCAACGCACAUACCUACGUGUCACUCGUUACGGAUGGUUGGACGGAUACGAACGGCUCCAGCAUUAUAAAUUUAAUGGUGGUUGCCCCACGGAUGCCUUCCAUGUUCUGGUCGUCAUGGUCCACGAGAUCAAAACAGCACACGGCCAGCCCCAGUUACGAGACGUUUAGAGCUAUCGUGGAACCCCCAUCAAAGCAAAAAAAACUACGCUACGUUAUUGGAUUGGUCCAUGACGAUGGCUUCUGGAGCAGUUUAAGAGCUAUUGUGCGCAUGUUUGACCCCAUUAUAGAGGCCCUGCGCGCGCUGGAAGCGGACAGUGGAUUUAUUUCAGGAGUCUAUCAGUGGUUUCAGUGGCUGCGGUAUCACAUAGCAUUCGGUGUGACGUCGCCUGAAGGAGAACAGCCGCAACCAGAGCCAGCAGAAAGCGACUUGGAACAAGAAGGCCUUGACCAGGACGGUGCUGGGAUCGGGGUGCUCAGUGACGCGGCUGAAAUUCUAUCUUCUACUUUCCAUACUGAGAAUCAACACGAAAGUGGGGCUACAUCGAAUCCAGAUUCCCGUGAUGAUGGCGAGUAUACAAGUAUUACGUCAGUUCCACUUGAUGAACUCCAAACCUUUUUCCGCGGGAAGAUUCAAAAACGGUGGAAAUACGUCCACACAAAUGCGAUGGCCGUUGCUUUCUUGCUAGAUCCAGCAACCAACCUCGACGACUUCGUUGGUGAUGAUGACGAAAAUGUUGACGAUCAAGUUUGCAAUUUGGCAAUCAGCGGCAAUCCUAUCGUUUUCCGCCAGCGUCGAUAA